UUGAACAAACUUCAGCUCUGUCAAGAGCUUUUAAUUAAAUUUGAAGCCUUAGGUCUAGCUAGUAACUUCAUCUUGAAAAUAUUCCAACUUGUAUUGUCUAAAGAGAAACAAGAAAAAUGACUUUAGCAAGAGAAGGUGAGACGGAGUCCUCACAGUUUGCAACAACUACUGAUCCAUCAAACACAAAAGAGUUGUCCCAAACACUUCAAUCUUUUGCUGAGAGUGAGAAAGUACAACUUUCUCUGUUCUCCCAAACACUUCAAACACCCGUGGCUUCUGAAAGAAGGCGUGAUUGGGUACUAAAUGUGCCCGAACCACCAGGAAUUUUAUCUAAUCUCAAGAGUUCAUUCAAGAAAACAAUACUCUGUCCUCUAGAAAACAAGAUUCAAUGCCUUGGAAAGCAUCCUAUUCCUGCACUCAUUUCGAUUCUCAACGUUAUAUUUCCACCACUUUCUUGGUGUAAAGAAUAUAAUGUAACAAAAUUCAGAAGAGACAUCUUGGCUGGUUUAACUCUUGCAAGCCUUUGCAUCCCUCAGAGCAUUGGCUACGCGACUUUAGCAAAACUUGAGCCUCAAUAUGGCCUAUACACAAGUGUUAUUCCGCCACUUAUUUACGCUAUGAUGGGGAGUUCAAGAGAUAUAGCAAUUGGACCAGUUGCUGUUGUUUCACUACUCUUGUCCUCAAUGAUUCCGAAACUUGAAGAUCCUAAUACUAAUCCAAUUGCAUAUCGAAAGCUCGUGCUUACUGUGACCUUCUUCGCGGGUACUUUUCAAGCUGCCUUUGGACUUCUUAGGUUGGGAUUUUUGGUUGAUUUUCUAUCACAUUCUGCUAUUGUUGGUUUUAUGGCUGGUGCUGCUUGUGUGAUUGGAUUACAACAGCUCAAAUCACUGCUUGGGAUUUCAAAUUUUACAAACAAGACAGAUAUCAUAUCUGUCUUGACUUCUAUUUGCAAAUCAAUGCAUACUAUGAAUCCUUAUAGCUUUAUAAUUGGGAGUUCAUUUCUAAUCUUCAUCCUUUCUACCAAAUACUAUCUGGCAAGAAAGUACAAGAAACUAUUCUGGUUAGCUGCAAUGGCACCACUGGUGUCUGUAAUAUUGUCAACUCUAGUUGUACUCUUGACAAGAGCUGAUAAAUAUGGAGUCAAGAUAGUGAAACACAUCACUGGAGGAUUGAACCCAAGUUCACUUCAUGACUUGCAAUUCAAUACUACACAUACUGCUGAAGCUGCCAAAAUUGGGCUAAUUGUUGCACUUGUAGCCCUCACGGAAGCCAUUGCAGUUGGCCGAUCUUUCGCUGCCAUGAAAGGAUACCGUCUUGAUGGAAACAAGGAAAUGCUGGCCAUGGGUGUCAUGAACAUUACAGGAUCAUUAACCUCUUGUUAUGUUGCAACUGGGUCAUUCUCAAGAACAGCGGUGAAUUUCAGUGCUGGUUGUGAAACAGUAGUGUCCAACAUAGUGAUGGCUAUAACAGUGCUAAUAUCACUUGAAUUUUGCACAAGGCUUUUGUAUUACACUCCAGUAGCCAUUUUGGCUUCCAUUAUUCUCUCUGCUUUGCCUGGACUCAUCAACAUAAGUGAAGCUAAAUACAUAUGGAAAGUAGACAAAAUGGAUUUUCUUGCUUGUGUUGCUGCAUUUCUUGGUGUCCUUUUUGUAUCUGUUGAGAUUGGUCUCCUCCUAGCGGUUGGUAUAUCAUUUGCAAGGAUAAUUUUGAACUCAAUCCAGCGUGGGACGGAAAAACUAGGAAGGCUUCCAGGAAGUGAUUUGUUUGGGGAUGUUGAACAAUAUCCCAUAGCUACAACUACUCCUGGGGCUCUCAUUGUUAGAGUCAAAUCUGCUUUGCUUUGUUUUGCAAAUGCCAACUUCAUUAGAGGAAGGAUAUUGAACUUAGCACUGGAAGAACAAGAUUUGGGUGCCAUAGAAAGUGCUAAUCAAGAUAGAGUGCAACUAGUUAUUCUUGACAUGUCAAAUUUGCUCAGCAUUGACACAUCCAGCAUAGCUUCUCUUGAGGACCUGCAGAAUGAGCUGGAAUCAAAUGGAAUGCAGUUGGCACUAGCUAACCCAAGGUGGCAUGUGAUCCACAAAUUAAGGCUAGCCAAUUUUUUGAAGAAAAUUGAAGGGAGGGUCUUUUUAACCAUUGGAGAAGCCAUUGAGACAUGUUUGACUAGUAAGAACAUGCUUCCUAUUUGAAACUUCUUGUUUGAUCUACCGAUGUUAGAAGACCACAAAUAUUCGUCGUCUUUUUGAAGUUAAUGUUUUCAAUGGUGAAUCGAUUUGAUUCGCCAAUUGUGUGUAUAUAUUCAAAGGGACAAUAAUAAAAGGAGCAAAUAGUACUAUUGCUCCCUGUCAUUGUAAGAACGAAUUAAGUUGUGGCGUUCAAUCUGGUUUGAAUUGAACAUUACUAUGUUAUGUUAUAACAUAUGUGUAUGUUUGAAGUUUCUAUCUGUAAUAUAUGUGAGUGAAUUUCGCGUACAUUGGGGUCCAAUUAC